AUGUCAACAACAGAUAACACUGCUUUUACCAAAGAAGAAGUGAUGUCUUUUAAAGAGCAGUUAUUAAGUAAUGAAGGGUGGAAGAAAUUAACAAAGGAAGGAGAGGAUCCUGAAGUGUAUUCCAAAGCAAAUGAGAACAAAUUAUUUACAUUUAAGAUCAUCACUCAUCAAUUAAAAGAUCUCGAGCCGGUUGAGAUUUUUAAUGCGCAGAACGACACGGCUUACGUUUUGUCCUUAAAAAGUGUAAUAGUGAAUAAAGAAGUGUUAGAAAAGAUAGACGACUGUAAUGAAAUCAUUUAUCAAACUCAAAAAAUGGCAAUGUUAGAUCCUCGUGAUUUUGUGUUAAAAACGAUUCGCUAUCACAAUAAAGAUAUGACAGAAUUCAUCACUUAUUGUAAAUCAGUCGAUAAUACUAUUCCUAUUAAAAAAGGAACUAUUAGAGCUACAGUAUACAUCCAAGGCGGCUUAAUCACUAAAUCUGAAAAAGAAGGAACGACAGUUUACACAACUUCUUGCGUCGACUUGGCAGGAAAUGUCCCACAAGCUAUUAUGGGCGAAACUAUGACAAAAAAGAUUUCUAAGAAAAUGGUCACUAAAAUUAAAGAAAACGUCCUCAACUACCCAAAGUGGGAGGAACAACACAAGGACGUCGAAAAGACGUGGCUCAAAACUCUCGACUGGAUGAAUUGA